GCUUUAAAUGCGCAGGUGCCGCAAUGGCGGGCUACAUCAACUUCCGUGAAAAGAAGAAACAAGACGGAUGGCUUGAAAGUCCAAACUAAGUUGCAACAAAGGGCAAUCUCAUGUCUGUAAAAGAAAAUGAAAUGCAAAUAGAAUGAAAAUUGAACUUUAAGAUGUGAUUAUGUGACCACCACUCAAAAAAACUAAGUAAGAUAUUGUGAACUAGUGUCCAUCCAAUCAUGGCAGCCCAGUAUUCUCGCAGUGUGUUGAAGGUUGCCGUGGCUCAGAUCUGCCAGAACAUGGGUUGGAACUCCAUCCAGUCCAGUCCUCUAGAGCUGCUGACAGAUCUGCUGGAGAGACACCUGCUGCAAGUGGGAAGGACUACACAUAGAUACUCUGAGCAGUUUGGAAGAACAGAACCCAACUUGGAUGACCUUGGCCUUGCAUUCCGUGACCUUGGCAUUGUCCUGGGUGAGCUUGACGAGUAUGUGAACAAUGUGGACCUACCAGUAUUCGCACAUGACAUCCCAGCAUUCCCUGCUCCCAAAGAAAACAGGCUCCAGUUUCCUCCGCGGAAGAGUCAACAAGUGCAGAACAGGGAUGAAGCGAUUGAUGACCACCUGCCGCUGAUGUAUCCUGACAUGGAGGAAUUUGAAGAGCCUGCACAGACCCCCACCAAGAAGGUGCCUCCCCCUGGUGAGCAGAAUGGUGAAGUUUUGCCACCAGAUGGCAGUGCUGGCUCAGACACAUUGAAGAGAAUGUUGACCAGUCCUACUGCAGAACAGCCAGCAAAGAAACAAAGACUGGCAGAUGAAGUGCUUGGUUCUCGAUAUGAAAUAAAAAAUGUCAUCAUGACAGACCAGGGACUCAUUUCUCCUAUGCGGCAUGGAAAACUACCAGAUGCUCGUACUCCACCAGCGCCUCAGAAACAACCAAUCAAAUCACAGCCGCUGAGAAAAGAAGAGAAAAUGGAGACCACCCCAGAGAAGGCUCCAGCAGAGAAGGUCCAGAAUGAAGUUACCACACCCUCCAAACCUGAAUCCAGUUUAUUGAUGAAACCACUUACUUCCCCAGUGGUGCCAUUAGCACCAUCAGCACCACCUGUGGUGGUGACAAAAGCAGCACCACCUUCUCCUGUUCCGACAGCACCACUUCCUUCACCAACACCACCACCACCUAAUGUGCCGAAAUCACCACUCACCCCCAAACCUUCAGAAGUUGUUAAGGCUAUGUUGAGUUCCAAAACUGCUAAGCCUCCAAAGUCUCCAUCUCGAUCAAAAUCUCCCGUGAGGGCUAAAAGUCCAAAGGGAGAAGGUAAAAGUAAGAAGACGACGCCCUCUUCCCCUGGUAGUGCAGCUGCUUCAAAGUCUUCUCAUCUGGCCAAAGCGCUUACUGAAACUACCAAGACAGCACCAAUAGCAAGCAGCUCACCACUGCCCCCUAGGGAGGAUUCCCCUGAACCUGAAAUGUUAGUCAUUGAUGAGGAUGUUAACGUUGCAAAAAGAGCACGGCUUCAAAAUUACGAUGACAGUAUUGAUGCAGCUAUUAAGAGAACAAUGGCAGAAGCUGAUAAAUCUGACCAAUCAGAUCAAGAGACACAACCGCCACCAGUGCCAACAUGGCGGACUUCUGUUGACGAUUCUAUAGAUGCGGUGAUUCGCAGAGCUAAUAUGGAACAUGAACAGGAAGUAGCUAAGAAAGAUAAGGAAAAAGAGAAGGAGAAAUUAAAGGAAAAAGAGAAAGAAAAAGUUAAGGAGAAAGAAAAAGUUACAAAAGAUCCCUAUGCAUUUGAAUUUGAUGAUAAACCAGCUGAGGCUCCCAAGGUUCCUACACUGACUAUUACAUCUGGAGAAACUGGGACCAAAAUUAAGAAGAAAAAAGACAAAUCUCUGGGCAACAAAGAUAAGGACAAAAGCAAGGAAAAGAAAGAAAAAUCUAAAGACUCAGACAUCAAAAAGAAACUAAAAAAGAAAUUAAAGCAAAAAUCCAGUGGCGUUAAAGAAGACAGUUCCUCAGCAACUCCGGGGUCUCCCCUGACUGGACAGGGGCUGGGAAUCAAACUCCCAUUAAAAGAUUUAAUCAGUAGGUCACCUUCUGUCCACUCGUCGUUUUCAUCCUCUCCCAUGAGGUCGCCAUCUUUAGAACCCAGCGUGGUCAAGACUCUGCCACCUCAGCAGCCUCAGGCCUCGGACACAGCCGUCAUGGGUCAAGCGUCUAGCUCAGAGUUUAACUACCCGUCUCCAACCAAACUGACCAUACAGAGGGUCAGCGGGACAGAAGAUUCCACUCUCAAGAUUAAGCCUAUUAAACUGGAGGGUGGGAAAAUAAAGGAUAAAGAGAAGUCACACAAAAAGGAGAAAAAGGACAGGAAAGAUAAGGACAAGAAGAAAAAGAAGAAGGACAAAGAGAAAGAAAAGAGAAAGGAGGAGAAAUCCAGAGAGGAAGACAAUAAGGGGAAGGAAGAACCUUUUGUGCCAAAACUCAAGUUCAAAUUGGGCGGCUCAACGCCCUCUGUCAGUUCCUCGCCUACGGCAGCUUCACAGUCAGACUCUGCCUCAGAGAUGACAAAGAAAACAUCAUCCUCGCUACGAGAUGAGAUAUUAACAAAACUGGAGAAACCCGAGAUACCAAAACUGGUUAUCAAGCCAAUGCCACCAAGGGAUCAGCCACCCCCUCUGUCAAUACCCUCACCCCCCAGGGCUGCAUCAACCCCCAGAGUGGAUAGACCAGAGCCAAAGGCGGCACCCAUACCCCCACCCCUCAAGUCCCCCACCAAGGCCUCUAAGACCCCCACCCCCUUCUCACCGCCCAGGGUGACCAGAGCCAAAACCCCACCCUCUGCUACCUCUCUGUCCCCCUUCCACUUCUCUCCUGAAUCAUCACCCUCUCCACCCCCCUCACCCCCCAGAGUGCCCAAGGCACCCCUCUCACCCCCUGUGGUACCUCCCAUGCCACCCCCUGCCCUCAAGUCAAAAGCAGCUGCCCAGAAAUGUGUUGUUGUCACGGAAACCAUAGGACAGUACCAGUUUGUGGAUGAGGCUGGCAAUACCAUCUGGAUUUGCCCCAACUGUAAACUGCAAGAUGACGGCAGUCCAAUGAUUGGCUGUGAUGGCUGUGACGACUGGUAUCACUGGGUCUGUGUAGGUAUCGUCAACCCCCCUAGCGAUGAUGAGCAGUGGUUCUGUAAGAAAUGUAAGGACAAGAAGAAGAAAGGCGGGAAGGGGAAGCGAGGGGGUGGAGGCGGAGGACCGGGGAGGAAGAAGAAGAAAGUGACCUAGUUUCUGCACUGUGGUACAUGGCACUGGAGGAAGUCAAAAGAUGGCAGAAUAUUUACUCCUUUUGAUUAGUUGUCUUGAGGAAGCCAGUAAAUAGGGCUCUGUUCACAACCUAGUUGAUCAUCUGAGCUGUGGAUCAAAUGGGGUGCGACCCACUUGAAAGCUUGUUGUGUAAUCAACUAAUGGGUAGUUAGUCUGGGAUCAACUUGGCUGUGAACAGAGCCUAGGACUGUAAAUACAGUGACAGGCCUACCCAACUACCAGACUCUGCACAUAAGGAUCCUGAAACGGGUAGUGUGGUCCGAUAUACCGGUUAAUUCGGGAUCCUUAUGUGCCUAGUCUGGUAGUUGGGUAGGCCUGAGUGAGGAGAGAUCAUGGCUGUAAACUUGGACUUAAUUGAUGCAGACAUAAGUAGAGAUAAUACUACAACACUAUCUUCUUGUUUUAAUUACAUGGACAGGGAUGUGAAUAUGAUAUAAAAAAAAUAUUUCCAGAAUAUCAAGACUAGAUUGUAUUAUAUCUUUGUUGGAGUAGUGAAAGGAAGAUGAAAAGGAAUGCAAGUUGAACAGAUGAGAAAGGAUUAAAAACGAAAUGCUUUGUGUUUAUACAAAUAAAGCUGUCACUGUAGUCCAAGCCUUUUGUGCCAGGGAUGUGCACUUGUCUUGUUACUGCAAUAAUUUUGAAAAGGUGUGUCUUUUUUUACUGAAAAUUAGCUGGAGCAAUUUGUCAUGCUUUAAAAAUGAGAGAUAUUUCUUGGU